AUGGCCGCUGGGGUCAGGCGCUUCAUCAGAAUCAGCGUCGUCUGCAGAGUGCUCCACGGCUGUCCCCUGAACAGCAAUGUGUGUGAUGAGACCUUCGAGGUUGUAGAAGGGCCCGAUGAUAUUGGGUUCAGCAUCACGGGUGCCAUCAGCCCGAGGAGCAGUCACAAAUCUGUACAGAAACCAUUGUUCAACCGAGUAUCUGCGAAUCCAUUGGAUUCGAGUCUUGCGUUCGCCAGAGGUUUCUUCAGUGUCUGUCUUGUACAACUCAAGCGGGCCACGGCGCCCCUCGAUGCGGUCGUGAGAGCCCGCCUCGCCGCUCUCCCCAGAAGCGCCGACAGCAGCGGCAGCGAGCACGAGGCGGCCGCACUCUCCAGCCUCGUCAACGAUUACCUCCUCGAGACGGACGCGACAGUCCCGUCGGCCACCCUCGCGGUGGAAGCCUCCUCUGAUCUGGAUGACGAGCCUAACGGCGACACCAGCUCAACGGCAGCGGCCGACAUGCUUGCGGAGAUCAAGGACAAUCUUGACUCAACCGGUAGAAGUGCUGACGAGCUACGCCGCCGGCUCGUCUUUGCCGUGGCGGAUGCCAUGCGCGGGUUGGAUGAUCUGCGGCCGAACCAGUCGGCUUUCUGGCGCGCCGUGAUGUCCCGCCUGCGCGAGCGUGGCCACGACGCCGGCCUGUGCAAGGUGCGUUGGGACAAGUCGAGUGGCGUGACCGCCGGGAGCUACGAAUACAUCAACGUCAUCGCUGGCGGGGGCGAAACAAGGUACAUCGUGGAUAUCGGCUUCGCGGCGGAGUUUGAGGUCGCACAGUCGACCGAGGAGUACGAGGCAGUUCGGACGGCACUACCGGAAGUGCUGAUCGCGCGCCCGGAGCACCUCAGGCAGGUUGUGAAGCUUGCAGCAUCCGCAGCACGGCGCUCGCUCAAGAGCAGCGGCGUCAGUGUGCCGCCCUGGAGGAAGAGGCGGUUCAUGAUGACCAAAUGGCUAGGGCCCUACAAGCGGACGGUUAACUCUAUUCCGGCAUCAGCGGGUACGGCAUUAGGCGGCAAUGGCGUGGUGGCCGUCUGCCGGACCAUAGUUGGCUUCGCCCCUCAGACUACCGUGGGGACGUCGUCAGGCUUUUGGGGGUGA